AUCGUUAAUAACAGAGGGGCUUUUUUCCCUCCUGGUUGCCGUGGUGCUUCGCUGAGCCUCACAGCUGAUCAAAGUGAUCGGAUGCGCGCAGAGGCAUGCAGGAGAGGCAUGCAGGAGAGGCAUGCAAGCGGACCGCUCAGGUCACAUUUAUUUCACAUCUCUAAUUUGUCUAUUUCUGGAAUCCGUACCUUAUAUAACAGAACUAUAGCAUGUAUGUCAGCAGCUCACCCUAGGCAUUGCAGUGGACUGGACUGGACUUGUUAGUCACCCGGCCACACACACUCUCUCGCACACACACGCACGCGUUGCACACAUACACGGACUAGUGCGCAGACACACACACACACACACACAGGGCUCACUCGCACUGCCUUUCAUUUGCUUUCUCACACUCGCCGUGGCCAGCGCAGAGAUGUCAUGCUGCUGCCAUCGAUGCAGCCGUCGCUGUCGUAGGGGCGAUGCAAUUCUGCAGAGAGUACUUCUGCCAGCCGUGUAGCGCCGCUCUCAAGUCGCCCGAGGAGGACAUGGAAUACGGGAUGGGGAGCUGCAUCGGAGUCGCGCGCAGCCAGGCUGAAGUUCACACAGAAGGACCUGCAGCGGAGACGAGGGACAGCAGCAGGGCUGAAAACGGAGCCGUCCACACCUCGCUGCCCACUGCCGCCCAAGGAGAGGACGCACCGCCGCUGCCACCACGGGGCAGCCCGUCGCCACGGCCAACACGCCCUGCCGAGGACGAGGACCGCUGGGGCCAGCGGGCGGAGGAGAGGGAGGAGUUUGAGUUUCCGCAUGACCUGCUCCCCAGCACCGACCUCAGCACCGAGCUCGACCUCUGGGGCACAUCUCUGGGGAAUGAACAGGCAAGCUCAGGUGGAAUGAAGAGUGAGACAGUGACACUGUCUGGCCCAGCAAACCCUCUCUUGGCUGGGCUGAAGCACUACGUGGAUGUGAGCCCACCGGUCCUGGGCAUUGUGAAGAGCAGCCCACGGAGUGACCCAGUUCUCAGCGGCAGCCCCUCGUCCCCGACUGGCUCUCCCUCUCGGCUUGCGGAGGAACAGCAGCCCACCCCGCCCCUGUCCUCAUCCGAGCAAAUUAACUUGGAGCUCCAAGCCGCCUUCCAGGAAUGCGAGCAGCAAAUGGCCGCGCUCGGAAUGUCCUGCCAAGCAACAGACACAGCAGGGCCCGGCCUAGCCGCUGGCAGGUAUCCGCCGCCCGAGGCCGCGAUUAAAAAGGAAGGGAAAAGAAAGAGAAGGAAGAAGAAAGGUGUGAGUCAGAGGGUGGCAGCAGCCCAGCCGGGGCGUGAGACAGAUCUCCAAGGCAACAGUGGAACUCAGUCAAGCAGCGAGGCUACUGGGCAGGAGGAGCCGGUCAAUUUCAGUUUCAAAAGCUACAUUUUGGGCUACGAUAAUAGCAGUGGACAGGACAAAGAGCCUAAAGAUUCAAAGGUGAGUGGAGCCACACUAAAACAAGGGGCAGCCUGUCUGACCAGGACUGAGAUAGGAUCAGAGGCUGAAACAAACACAGUAUUGAAACAGGAACAAACCGAUAUUUGUUUACAGCCAGAGACUGAAGAAAAGGCCUGUAGCAACACAUCUGAGGGAAUGCAAACUCACCAUUCAAAACUACCUGCAAAAACAGAUGGCCCUCUGGCAAUAGUAAAGGAAAAAGAUGAGCCUGUGCAGAGAAGUGUAGGCAGUGAAGCCAGUACAAGCUUUCCCCCAGACUUUGCUCCAGUAGAAGACAGCGUUCCAUGCAACACAGAGCCUAAGAGAGAAGCAGAUUCAGUUAAGGGCUCGGAGACAGACAACACGGCAGCUGUGGGUGAGCUGUCACAGGUUGAGUCAAAGCAGCUCUCGGAAGCAGCCCUCUUCCCAGAGACAGCCUCCUUCACAGCCCCAGUCCCGCGUUCGGACACGCGUGUCGAUGAGCAGACACACUCACAGGCCGAGACGCAGACACAGCAUGCUCUGGCACAGACACACAACACCGAGACAAAAGACAACAAAUUGCCCGGGGCCAUCGCGCAGUCCCCUGGGGAGUUGGGGUCAGAUUUACAAGAACAGCUGAGGCCCCAGAGGGAGGAGGGAGACAUCUGCCCCCCAUCCCCAACCUCCACGUCCACCCAAGCUCAUAUUACCCUCCCUGAGAGUUCACCUGCCCUCUCAUUGGCCUCCGCUCCUGCACUGAGCCGACCAGCUGACCACAGCCAGACAGAUGGGUCUCACACAGACACAUCAGAGCCGGAAACCCCACCCUGCUGCGACCAGUCAAUAGCUGGGGUGGGUAGUGACCAUAACGCGGCGAGGACAUCUGCCUCCGAGACCGUGCCGAUUGAUUCAAGCUGCCCCGGAGCUGCCGAUGAACAUAGGGCUCUUGAGGGAUCACAGCCAUUGACAUGUACGACACAUCAGAGCAGCAGCACACUUCCUGGAAAGUCGGAAGAUGAGUCAAACAAAGAAAGAUUAGACAGUCAGUGUCAGGUUGAAACACAGCAACAAGACCAAAGUAAAGCAUUUGCGGUUAACCAGGAGAGAGCAGCACCCCACAACCAAGAGAAAACACUCACAAAGGAUGACACACAUUUAACUCACCCACAGGAAGCACUCAGUGAUAACCAGGCGGACAGCAGUUCUAUUAGCCCACCUGCCCAGCUGAAAAUAGAGCAGGAGGAGAAAGAAACUCUGAAUAAAGAGCAAAUGCCCUCUCUGGACCAGCAAACCUUCCUCCCGGUCCAGUCCGCUGUGGGAAAUGAGGAGGAGGAGGAGGAGAGCGCCCUUGAAGAGGCUUCUGUGCAGGCUGCUGCUGAUUCCACCGCGUUGCCACUGACAACACCCACGAUGCCAGAAAUGAUAGAAAGCGAGGGAGGGCGAGAGAAAGCGAGCGAGGCGGACGCAACACUAAAAACAGUGUCGGAUACGGAGACAGCGGUCGGAGCGUUGUGUCGUAGUGAGUCGCGCGAGCCUCUGAUCCUGACAGGCGAGCAGGAUGAGAGUGAAAGCCUCCCUCUCAAGGAGCCCGAGCCCUCGUUAAUCUACACUCAGAUUAAUUGCUCACCUGCAUUGAAAGCGGAAGAGAAGGAAACUGCACUUAACAGUGUCUGCAGCAGCAGCAGCAGCAGUAAUAGCAGUAGCAAUAGAGGCAGUCAACUGCCAGACAACUCAGUGGAGAGUGAGGGAAAGGGAGGGGGACAGCCAACAAACAGCUCCCUAGGGACCGACGCGCUCUCACCAGCUGAGGAAGGAGAGACAAAAUCACUCCCGACGGAAAACCAGAUACUGACCAGCACCAGCACUGACCCUCCAGGGCUUCAGAGAGGACUCACCAGCCAGGACGAUAGCGCAGGAAGAUUGGAGAGAGUGGGAGAGAGGGACAGAGAGAGACUGACAGAAAAGCAGCAGGAGGAGGAGGAGGAGAAGGAGAGGGGGGAGCAGGGAGGAGGAGCGCAGACUUCACUCAGACAGCCAGCAGUGAGUCCGGCCAGUGGGGUGUCACUGACGACGACAGCGGCAGACACAGAGACGUGUCCGCUCCGCGACGCUGCCACAGAGCCACAGGCGGAAUCGCCGCACCACCAACACCAGAGCAGCGGUGAGCUCAUCGCUCUCAUCUCUGCCGAACGGGGCUCUCUCCCUCCUCCUCUGGCUGGUGGCGCAGGCAGCUUGGACUCGUCCAAUCACUCUCCGCCUCCCCCAGCUCAAACAAACUCUGCCGAUUUGCAGAAAAAAGAAGCAGAAGGGGAGAGAGAGGCUGAGUUGAAUCGGUGGCUGAGCACAACAGCAGAAAAGGAGGGGCCAUUCAGUGCCUCUUUGCCACCCAGAGAGGAGGCUGGAAUACAGAGGGCUUCUUCAGUCGGUGCCAGCCAGCAACAGGUAGAUCAGCCUUGCGACUCGCCGCAGCUACUGGACACCGGGGGCCCGCAACCCCCCGAGAGCACGACGUCGAUAGCGCGGCAGCCUGGCAAGCCUCAGGCCAGCAUGUGGGAGGCUAUUGGCAGCUACAGCAGCGCAGGGAGCAUCUUGAAGGCGAAAGACGGGAGAAGCUCGCCGGCCAUGCCCACCGUUACAAGCGUCACGCCGGUGGUCUGCGCCUCCUUGCCCCCGCUGAUGGUGCACGAGAGCCUGCGCCACCCGGUGACGGAGACCACCUUUGGCCUCCAGGAGUACUUGGGGGCGCCGAAGCCCGAGGUGCCCCCUCAAACACGGCUGCAAACUGCAAGCGAGAGUCCCACGGAGCUAAAGAAGCCCCAGCAUGAGAGCAGUGCAGAAAAAGAGCCUGGAGCAACAGAGAAAGAGAAGCAGCCUGGAGGUGAAACAGCGAGUGCUAGUCUCGCGGAACCCAGCCAGGGGCCAGACAAGCGGGCAGCAGAGUCAGCUUCCUCUGCUGAAAAGACAGGAGAGGCACCGGACGCAGCUCUGCCUGCUUCUCGGGAGAAAGGAAGUCAGGAAGUGUGCGUCGAUGUUUCACUCAAAGCUGAAAGUCAAAGUGCUGACUCUUCCAAGGAUGGUGCUGAUGGGGGUCAAAGGUCAGAGGCUAUAGGGGUCACAGGUGUUAUGGCAGCUAACCGCAUGGCUGGUUCAGAAUACAGCAAGAGCCAAGGGGAUAUCACAUGCCAGGAAAGAGAAGAACGCAAACAUGAAGGUGAUUCUGAAUGUCUGAAGACUAGCAAUGAGCAGAAAGAGGAAAGUAAAAAAGCAGCUGAUGUCGUUGGGUUGAUAAAUAAUCAUGUUGAAAGAGAACUCAGCAAAAAUGCAGAAAACUCUGAUUGCUUAGUAAAUGAUGGUGUGAUUAAAGAAAUCCCUGAAGAAAGAAAGCAUGCUGAUGACUCAGAAAGAAUGAAUGGGCAAAAUGAAGAGAGCCGGCAAAAAGCGGAUAAUGAGAAUUUGAUUAAGGGUGAAAUGGUAGAAAAUGAUGUUGAAUCUAUAUAUGCUGAUGCUGAAAGCCUGGUGGAGCUUCAAAAGAAAAGUAGUAAACAUGAGAGUGAAGUUGGAAAUUUGGCCUCAGAGUCAUCAACAAUGGCGCCAGCGGAAACAGCCCCAGCUGAAUCAGAGUCUGUUAAGUGUGAUUUACAGCCUGUCGUCUCCGCUGCUGUUGAUCCCAGCACGGACAGCGCUGCCACAGAUGAUGCUCUCAGAGUUCCACCUGACGCUCCCCUGGUUCUGCGACCCUCCGUGGAGGUGACACCUGACAAACCACCUGUGACCUCAGGCAAAUUAGAGACGCCGGUCAUUACCGCUGAUGAGACUGAUUCAAUAAAGCCGCACAGCGCGGUCAGCCUACCUAUGCAAAAAUUGGACCCUCUGCCCCCAACUGGCCCGAGCCCGGAGGCUGCCGUGCCAACCAUUGUUCUGAAGCCUCUGGGCCCCAUGCUGAGUCACUGGGAGCUUGUAAACGAGUGCGAUAUCACCAGUGCCAGGGAGGAGAAGGAGGAGGAGGGGAGUGGAGGACAACUUCCCAGCACCACCAGCGCAUCUAAUGGCCCAUCACGUACCGAGGAGAGGCAGGAUGUAGCUCCGAUGACGCACGCCAUUAUAAGUGAGGAUGCAGCCAACAGGAGUGCCAGGGAUUAUGACUCGGAACAAGGACAGGGGGAAACGGAGAGAAUCGCUGCUGACGCUCCUUUUGCACCUGUGAAUACUGUAUCAGAGGAUAGGAAUUCUCGCUCUGGAGCGCACGUCUUCUCCAGCAGCAGCGCUAACGCUGAGGAGAUAAGACCGUGUGACAGUUUGUCAGGGGGCGGUGGUGCAAAGUCCGUCUGUGAUACAGGAAGUCCGCGGUCAGAAGCCACCAGUGAGAGUGUGUCACUCCCUAAUAACAGUCAAACUGAAGACUCAGUCACUGCAGUCAUUUUGCCUAUACUCCCUAGCAACAGUCAGGCUGAAGACUCAAUGACUGCAUCCACUGGGAGCAUACCACCGGUCAGUGGCCCAGACGCAAAACCUGACAGGACAGAGGAACCACUCGAAGACGAGCAGGCCUCUGCAGCAAAAGUAAGCAUUUCUGAGAACUUGUGCGAUGACAAAGCAUUUAACACCCCUUCAUCUGUUUCAACAGACAGCGCAGACACAAAGAGCCACGUAAAAGAGCCCGUUAUGGUGAAUGUUCCGGACCAUGCUGACCAGUCCCUCAAGCGUGACCUCAUCAGUAGUGGUCAUAGCAUCAGCACUGAGCAACCAGCCAGUAUGCCCUCCAGCAUAAACAAAGAAAUAAUACAGCAAGGGAGGGGGGAACUGGAGGAAAACCUGCAAACCUGUAUAGGAGCAGCAAACACAAACAGGCUUGAGGCAGAGAGUGUUCAGGGAGUUCAGUCUGAAUACAAGCAGGAGGAGGGUGAGAAUAAACAAACAUGGAGCGUGUUGAACGAAACCGAGGGAAAACAGACCAACUCAGCUGAGCACCUGGGAGACGCUCAGGAGAAAACGAACAUGUUGGAGAAGCAGCGAGAGACUGAUUCCAAGCAAGGAGAGGGUAGAGUCGAAACACAAACAGAGAAACGGGGGGGAAUGCUCGAAAGCGUUGAGAAUGACGGAAAAGUAAACACAGAAGAGAAACGGCGAGACUUGCUGACUCCUGACAAAAGCGAGGAAAACAAACAACCGUCUGACACCGGCUCUGCGCAGGCAGACUCGGGCUCGGCCAAACGGGCGGUCAGCCGAAGCGAGGUCCUAAAAGAGUCCACUCAUCCGUCCUCAGAUCAGAGCUUCUCCUCCUCAGAGUCACCCGCUGAGAUUCGCUCGGACAAAGCCCCGAGCGAGGCCGACUCGGCACGUGUCCCACAGAUCGACGCUCAGCCCCAAGAUCAACAGGAGGAGAAGCAGCAGCAACAGCAGCAUGAUCAACAGAAGCAGCCAGAGCCUGAGAGUAGCAUCACAGAGGGGGUGUCAGAGCAGUGUGGAAGUGUGUGUCCGGCGCUGGAUGACCAUCGCGCCUCGCCGCAGCAGGCCGAAGAACCAGCCGAGGCUGGGGGCACCGGGGGUAGCCAGACACCUUUGGAGGAACAGCUGGAGCAGGUUGAGCCCAGCCCAGGAGGAGAGAGAGAGGAGCGCGGAGUUGGUGGAGGAGUAGGAAUGCCCCCGACUCUGGAUCUCCCCGUGUCCGAACCCACAGUUAGUGGGGAUCUCUCAUCUCACGUGGACGAGAAGGGCUCCAGUGACGUCACAGCGGAAGAGAGGGAGGAAGGUCAGAAGUCAAAGGUCACGACAACAGUUAAUGAGGGUGAGGAGGUCAAGCCGGAGAGGCAAGAGAACACUGCUGCCUCUGUGUCACUAGGAGGUGACUGUGAACCGGCAGCGUGUGCUGCAUCAUCGCAGGCCGGCGAGACAGAGCAUGAGGAGACACACAUACUUUACCCGAAUAAGGCCACCGAGGAGCCUGUGACAGACACCAGCUCUCUUCCCGUUAGAGGCAGCCCCUCUCAAAGAGAGUCACAGCUUCAAACGGACGAGCAACAGCUAUUCAUUCAAGUCACCCAAAGCAACAGCAACAGUCACAUCAGUCAGGCUUCUGGCACAACACAAGAGGCCUCUGUUCCCAUAACCUUUGAACCCGAGGAGCGGGAAACGGCUCCCAUUCGACCUCCCACUGACCCUCCCUCUGUUUCCCCCAGUGAGGCUCCCCAGCACCCAGUCUUGGACGGCAAAGGCGAGAGUGUUCUCCCUGGCGGUACUGACACAAACGCAGAGAGCUCCUUUAAAGGGGAGUCCGCUGCAGAGCCACAGGCCUGUCGUACUGAGCCUGCAGUAGCAUCUGCAGCUCCCACGCAGCAGAACCAAAGUGUUACGGCAAAACUGGAGCAGCGGGGGGUGGAGGACACAUCAACCCCUCCACCCCCGACCGAGAAAGCAGACGCGGGGGAGCUGGUGCAAAACAUAGCUGCUGGCUCCACACAGACGCUCCCCGAAGCACAGAGCCACAGGCCGAGCCCAGACAUCAAACAGCAGGCCAGAGCCAGUGAGGCCGAGGCGGCUCCGAAUAGCGAGAGCAGGAAGGAAGAGAUGGGGCAGAGGGAGGAGGAGGAAGGCGAUAAGACGGACGAAAACAGGAAGCUCGUAAAAUCAACCGAGGAUGCCUUCACUGGCGUCUCAGUGUUGUCCAGUGAGAAAGACGAUCUCCCACAGGAUGGCAGAGGGGGAGAGCCCUCUGUGUGUCAUGUUGUCCAGAAGGUGGAGGAGAGCGCAGUACUGUCUACCAAACCAGAGAACACUGUCUCAUGCCAAACAGUCACAGGUGAUGGUCAAGAGGAGAAGGGGCUGGUCACAGACGCCUCUCCUGCUCCAAAAGCCGUCCCAGAGUUCCCAGACACCAUUCCAGUCACGAGUCAAUCUGUUUCCUUGGCAACUGAUACCCCAGACAGCUCUGCCACUACAGUCGGUUAUGACUCCAAGUCUGACCUGAAUCUGAGACCCUCAAAAUCUUUUAUUGAAAUGCUACGUGAAGGUGCUUUGGCCACAGAGCCCCAAGACCCGAGGUCAAACUCCACUGAUAACAAAUCCGAAACCUCAAAUGACGAUCUGACCUCUGCCCCUAUCACCAGAGGUGUGAAUGUAAACAGAGGUAGUGAUAGCAAAGAUGCCUCGGCUCCGGCCCCAGUCUCAGGUCCAGAGCCAAGGCCAGGGUCAGCAGGGUCAGCAGCCCCUGGGCCAGAGAGCCAGGCUGAGGAGACGCGCAGUGGCACAGACUGGCUGAGGGCGCUCAAAGACGCCGCAGCACAGCAGGCACACGCUGACCAGCACCACACAGCAGCAGGCUACUCUGAGAAAAGCACUGGAAGCAGACCGAUUCCGUCCCUGGACUCUCCUCAAGGUGAAGAGUUCCGCACCCCCACUGAAGAGAUCGCUCCUCCUGUGGUAGAGCCCGCAGAGGAAGCCCACUUGGAUUCCAGGUCCUCCUCACCCCCUCUUGUUGAGAGGAACGACUCCGUCCCUCCCUCCCCGAAACCCCCGGCGGACCACCACGCCUUCCCUCCUGCCCUGCCCGCUCAUCUCUUCCGGGACGCCGCCGAGUUCCCCACACCUCCUCCCACCCCUCGGACAGGAACCCCCCAGCCUCGGCCUCGGAGCCCGUCUCCCCCCCUCCUGCAUCUCCUCCAUCUCCUCCUCCUGCUGUUGUCCCUAGCCCCCUGCGCCCCACCACCACCACCACCACCUCCUCCAUCGCCUCCUCCACCACUUUCACCACCUCCACCUCCAGCCCAGGACACAGAGGAGUGGCCGCCCAUCCCCUCUUUUGUCAGCGUACCUUUCCAAAUGAAAGAGGGAGUGGAACAAAGGCAGCCUUACAUCAUGCUGCUCCCCAGAGGCACAGCACAGCAGAGCCACCACCACCAAGCGGAGGAGCGCCAGAGAGGAGAGCAGGGGAGACCUGAGCAGGGCGAGGAGGAGGAGGAAGGUAGAGGUGGAGGGGGCGAGGGAUCAAGUGUGGGGGGGCAGCCGACCUGCCGGAGGAUGGGCGCCGUGGAGUCUGCGGAGCAAGGACAGGCCACCUGUUCCAAACAGGAGCACACGGAGACUAUUAUGUAUAUGUCCAAAGAGCUGAUUCUGAGGACACCGUCUUCUCACACCUUUUGGGCACGCUGGGGAUGGGAUACGCUGCUGGGGGGAGCCGCCGGACCCGGAGGGGCAGGAGGGGAUGGAGACGACCCCGCCAUGGGGCUCCUCCACCGCCUGUCCUGGGGCUCCCGCUACGACUACAUGAUCCAGGCGGAGCAGGGUCCAACCAGGCAGAGACACCACCCACCCAGGGCAACUCAGCCGCUCCGACUCCAUCGGCUUCGACGAGAACAAGCCCAUCGCCGCCAGCGGAGCCUACGACCUCGACCGCCUCCUAGCCAACGAGUUCCCGAGUCCGCUUUCCAGGCAGCGCCAUCCAGCCGGACCCCCCUGGCCCGCUCGCUCAGUCUCCAGGCGGGAGAGCUUGACCAGAGCCCAGGCCCCGAGGAUAAGUCCAAGUUCGGGUCGGAUAAGCUUCUGAACCAGCAGGCCGAGGCCUUCAGUGUGGGCACAGAGAGUGCUCCUGGGACUCUCCGCCGAGCCAAGAAAACCCGACCGGGCUCCCUGAAGAAGAAGCCCCUGUCCAGGCAGAACUCCAACCCGGAGAGCACCUCGCCGAAGUCCGUUUCCUCCAGCAGCACCCCGGAGGGGAAGAAGAAGGCCAAGCCCAGAGCGGAGAGCCCCCUGCAGGCUGCUGAGGAGCAGUGCGGCUCCUCGGCCACCCCGAGCCCCGGGGGAACUCUCCGGAGGAACCGGGUGAAACCACGAGUGGACAGUCCUCCGCCUCUGGUAGAGGAGACCACCCCUCCCAGCCCUGCUCCUGUCCCUGUCCCUGCUGCUGCUGCCCCCCCAGCCACCCUCUGCCCAGAGGAGACCCCUCUGCCCACCCCAAAGUCCACUCCCGUCCCGGACGAAGAUUCCCCCAUCCCACCCCCGGCAUCCUACAAAUGGGACCCGGACAACUUUGAGGACAUCGACCCAUUCAGUACCGGCGGCAGCAAGAUCGCCAACUCGCCUGAGCUCGCCAGGAAGACCUUCAGCUCGGGAGUCGACCCGGCUGAGAAGCCCGUACCCGCUGCCACUGCGGCCACUGCAGCUCUGGUUGUCCCAGACGAGGAGACCCCGAUCUUCGUCCCAGCGGUCAGUGCUGUGAGCGCGGAGGAGCAGCCGCUGAACAAGCGCCAGCCCGUCAGGCUGGAGUUCGACUACUCGGAGGAGAGCGGAGAGACUCCUCCUAGUGCUGCGCCGCCGCCCAAGAAGCUGGGGAAGAAGCCCGGCGCCAAGAUGCCCCUCCGCAAGCCCAAAUUCGGCCUGAAGAAGGCCGCCCCGCCGCCACGGCUGGAACCGCUGGACAACGCACCUGCCGCGCCUACGGCCAACAACGAGGAUGACAUUCCCAUCCCCAAGGGGAGCUACAACUUCGACCCCAACAAGUGGGACGACCCCAACUUCAACCCAUUCUCAUCGACGCAAAGCGUUAUCCCCAACUCCCCACGCCUUUCCCAGGGCGGCUACAGUUUCGAUCAGGACGCCAUUGACUCCAUCGACCCCUUCAAGUCCUCCAACAAGAUGACCAGCUCGCCACCCAAGCCCUCUACGUUUGACGUGUCAGCUAAUGACAAUGAAAAUGACAAUGACAAUGUCGGAGAGCUGGAGGAUCAAAACCAGAACAAACUAGCAAAGAAGAAGAAACCAAUCAAGUCCAACACUUUCAGGGUGAAGAGGUCACCAAAGAGGUCCCCAAUUACUGACCCAGCCACCCAGGAUCCUCUGGAUCUGGACUCGCCUGACCCCCCUCCUGCCCCCACACAGGACCAUGCCACUGACGAGGAGAAGCUGGCCUCCACCAACCAGAAGUGGACCGCUCGCCACGACGUGGAGGCAGAGCUCACCUCCGACGUCCAGGACUAUCCGCAGCCCUCCGACCUGACGGCGUUCGUCAACGAGAACAAUGCGACAGACUAUGAGAUUGAAUACAUGGAGAAGAUUGGCACUGGCACGCCUCCUCCGUCCUCAAAGAAGCCGUCUCUGUACCUAAAGCUGGACUCUGUGACCGACAGCGCAAGCAAGAGUUCUGACAUGCAAGGGUCAGAACCAAGCUCCCCCUGCACAGGGAGCUUUGAGGAGAUGGAGGCCCAGAUCACGGCCAGCUCCAAGUCACCGGUGCUGUCUACGUCCCGCACGGCCCCUGAAGGCUCUGCCUCAGAGAAGAGCAGGAAGAGAGAGAGCGAGUCCCACACACACGCCACAGAGCGCGACGGAGCGCAGCCCCCCACGCAGGUCGCUGCCGACCCCUCCACCCUCCCCCUCUUAGACAGGCUGGCUGAUUCAGGCGAGCAGCUCAGCUAUAUGGAGCCUGACCUGGCUGAGACCAACCCCACCGCCUUCGCCCAAAAACUCCAGGAGGAGCUGGUUCUUGCUGCCUUGAGGAUGGAGGCUCUGCAGGUAGCCAAAAGCAUCUCUCAGAGCCCCUCCCUAGCCAAUGUAUCCCCCAAACAGUCUCGUCUCAAGAAGCCCAGCACUCGGAGGUGGAAUCGCAACGGUUCACCCGCGGCAAAAAGGGAGGUGUCGUCGCCUGCGGAGAACAUGGUCUCCAAGACCUCCCUGUACUCGCGGCCUGGAUACAGCGAGGGAGAGAGCCCCUAUCUACCCCGGGAACUGGAUCACUCCCUGGGCAUCGCCCGAGAGGAGAUUGUGGGCAAAGAGAAGGAGGUGCAGGAGUGGAAGAGGAAAUACGAGGAGAGUCGACAGGAAGUGGUGGAAAUGAGGCGGAUUGUGGCCGAGUAUGAGAAGACCAUUGCACAGAUGAUCGGCAUGCCUGAGGAUGAUCAGAGGGACAAGUCGCUGUCACAUCACACCAUCCAGCAGCUGAUCGUGGAGAAAGACCAGGCUCUGGCUGACCUCAACUCUGUGGAGAAGUCACUAGCCGACCUCUUCCGGCGCUACGAGAAGAUGAAGGACGUGCUGGAAGGCUUCCGGAAGAAUGAGGACGUUUUGAAGAAGUGUGCUCAGGAGUAUUUGUCACGAGUCAGGAAAGAGGAGCAGAGAUAUCAGGCCCUGAAAAUCCACGCAGAGGAAAAGCUUGACAAGGCCAAUACGGACAUCGCCCAGGUGCGGUCGAAGGCCAAACAGGAGCAGGCGGCCUACCAGGCCAGUCUCAGAAAGGAGCAGAUGAAGGUGGACUCACUGGAGCGCACACUGGAACAGAAGAACAAAGAAAUCGAGGAGCUCACAAAGAUCUGUGAUGAGCUGAUCGCCAAGAUGGGGAAGAGCUAGCCAGGGUGAUGGGAGCUAAUGCCUCUGCCUCCUCCUGCCACACACCGUCCAGGACCAUCUCAGAAACCACAGAGGCAGAAGAGCCCCACGUCCCGUGCUGUUUCCUUCACACUGUUGGCAAACAGACUCGAGUCCUUUUGAUUUCUGAUUUUACACUACUGACUUUGCUCAUGUAGCCUGGCAACAGCGCACCCACUUGGAAUGGGAGGACUUCUCUGAGAGUGGGAGUCCAGUAUAUCCUACUGUAAUUAAUCUGUACAUUUUGAUGUUUCCAUGUGUACCAAGGGGUGACUUGGUGCAUGGGGGGGGGGCUUGUGCUGUAUCAGGGGUCUUGUGAAAGCUUUUAGAAAUGUACUCCCCAUCAGUAGAAAUGUUGAAUGAGAGUUUGCCCGUCUGUGUGUGAGUGAGUGGUGGACAAGAGAGAAGGCAUGAUAGAGAGAGAGUGUGUGCGAACGAGCCUGAGAGAAUGAUGUAGUGAUGAGGUUGCUCGCCAACCGUGUCGCCAUGACGACCACUGAUGGAGCCGACUGUUAACCCCUCUAACUCCUGCAUUCCCUCCCUGUUGAGGAGGCUGCCUGAAACGCCGAGAAACAUACAGUAGUAGAUGUCGAGGAAACACGACGACACCCAUGUAGACUGCUAAUCAGCGCUUCAUUCAGUGAUCAUGAAAAGAGCCACUUGCCACCAUAAGAGAGAUCAUUACUUGCAUGUGAUAGAACGAGUAUCCACACAAUACCCACGUCCCUCUUUGUACAUAUUGUAUUAGGCCUCCCAUUGAGUAGAGACAUUAUGAAACCCACCUGCUGGUUUUGAUACACUCUGUAAGUUUUAAACCGCCUCCUGUGUGUACCUUUGUAGAUACUAUGCAUUUACAUACUUCCUGGCUUCUUAGCAGAUACCGAUGUGAUUUUAUUUUUUCCAGGGGAUUUUAUUUUGAUAUUAAUUAACCUUAUUAUGGUUAUUGUCAAUGGUACUGAUUUUAAGAAGUGUAAUUUAAUUUGGAUUGACUUGUCUUAGUCCUGCUACGGUUGAUGUGUCACCUGGGGCUGGGGAACAGCCCUCAUCAGCUACUAUGGCACCUGCUUACAAAAAAAAAAACGUGCAAUAAAGGAUGGCAAUAAAAGA